ACCCCAGACCUCUGCACAGUAGUGUAAAUAUGGCAGGAUUAAAGAACAGUUAAGAAUGUGUUUAGCUUUAUUCAUGACUGAUAUGCUUCUUGAUAAUUUACUUUGUAUAGGUUUUAUAUGAGCUCUCCAGUUAACCUUGUCAUCGAUAGCUAUCCCAAGAAACUUGUUUUCAUAGAACCUUUCAAUAUUCACCCCAUCUAUCUGUAUUUGUAUUUGACUAUAUUUAUUGUAUCUGCUAAAUAACAUGAAUUUGGUUUCACUUAAAUUUAAUGAAAAUUUGUUUCUGUCAAACCAUGUCUUUAGUUUACAAAUUUAAUCAGAAACCCUCUCCAGGAGCUCAUGUACACCCCCCAGAGCAAAGGAUACUUGUGUCAUCUGCAAAUAAAACUAAUUUUAGUAUUCUUGAAACUUUGUAUAUGCCAUUUAUAUAAAGAAUAAACCGUUUUGGACCGAACACUGAACCCUGGGGGACGCCACAAGCAAUGUCCAAGCAUAAUGAUGAAUAGUCACCCAACUUCACAAAUUGUUUCCUGUUAGUUAAAUAACUCUUCACCCAGUGUAGUGCCACUCCCCGAUCAGAUGCUUUUUCAAGUUAAUUGAACGAAAUUUCAUGAUUAAUAGAGUCAAAUGCUUUCUUAAGAGCUAAGAUUAUUCCAACUGAGUAUAAUUUGUGAUCAAAGCUAAAGCUAGUGAUGUUGUACUGUUUGCCCUAAAUCCAUACUGACUGUCAAAAUGUAAGUUAUAUUUACUUAUGGAUUUAUCAAAUGUGUUGUUGAAUAAUUUUUCAAGAAUUUUGGAAAAUUGUGGAAGUAGAGAAACAGGCCUGUAAUUUGUGAAGCGGUGUCUAUCUCCAGUCUUGUUUAAUGGCACUACUUUAGUUAUUUUCAUUUUGUUUGGAAAUUUACCAGUUGAAAAUGAUGUUACUAAUAUAUGUUAGUGGUUUCGAAAUCCCCUCAAUGACCUUUUUCACAACUGUUCUAUCGAAAUAAUGAAAAUAUAAAAAGACGAAGGUAGCUGACGGUGUGACCUGGUGUCGGCAGCGAUACGGGCGGCUGUCCUGAUCCAGCAGUGGUACCGUCAGUAUGUUGCGCGCAUGGAGAUGAGGAGGAGGUGCACCUGGCACAUCUUUCAGUCCAUCGAGUACUCGGGAGAGCAGGCACAGAUCAAGCUGUAUAACUUCCUAGGCUACCUGAUGGACAACUUUACACCCUCAAGCAAUGAACGAAACCUGAUCUCGCACAUUUUUCGCGAGAACGAGGUGUGUCGCGACGCCGAAUGGGAGCGGUACUUCUGCUACAAGAACAUCCAGGUGCCGGAGAUCUACUCGGGACCUCACCUGUGCUUUCCUCUGAGCGUGGAGCAGGCCGUCAAGCUGGUGGAGGCCUUCAGAAACAAGAAACAGCUGCACUCGCGUUAUGUGCUGCAGCUCCUCCUGGAGACAUGGAAGUUGCUGCGCAUGUUGCCCAACAUCAGCCGCAUCUCCACCUGCCACAGCAAAGAAAUCACUAUUUGCGGCGAUUUGCACGGGCAGCUGGAAGACCUACUGUUGAUUUUCUAUAAGAACGGACCGCCGUCACUGGAGAAACCCUACGUAUUCAAUGGAGACUUUGUGGACAGAGGGAAGGACUCUAUCGAGAUACUUCUCAUCCUCUUUGCCUUCCUGCUGGUCUAUCCCACCGAGGUGCACCUGAACCGAGGCAACCACGAAGACCACAUCAUCAACCUGAGGUAUGGCUUCACCAAGGAAGUGCUGACCAAAUACAAGAUGCAUGGCAAACGGAUCCUAAAGCUUCUCCAGAAGAUCUUCAGCUGGUUGCCAUUGGCGGCGGUGAUCGACCAGAAAGUCAUAGUCCUGCACGGCGGUAUCUCGGACACCACCGACCUUGGCUUGCUGGCAAGAGUAGACCGACACACCUACGUUUCAGCUCUGAGGCCUCCCAAGAAGAAGUACCAAAGCUCCGCCAGGACAUCCAUCGACUCUGAAAUGGACGAAGACUGGGGCAAUCAUAGACUCUUCCAGCGGCGGGCCUCCCUCACGUGUCCCAAACCGUUGGGCAGCCGGGACAGCUUCCUCAACCGCUCGCUGCAGGACUUUUCCGAUCGGGUCAAGGUCAACGUGGAAGAUGAUCUCAAACGCUGCCAGCAGAGAGCCGCGCUGGUCCGGUUGGGAAGCUUAAAUGCUGAAAAAGGAGCCCAGGAGUCUUUUGACUCGGUCGCCAGCGACAAUGCCAAGGAAGAGUGGAAGCAGAUCCUCGACCUGCUUUGGAGCGACCCCAUGUCUCAAGACGGCUGCAUCCCUAACGAGCUGAGAGGCGGCGGAUGCUACUGGGGUCCUGAUGUCACGGAGGACUUCCUGACCAAACACAGCCUGCAGCUUAUCGUACGCUCUCACGAGUGUAAACAGGACGGCUACGAGUUCUGCCACAACCGCAAGGUCCUGACGCUCUUCUCGGCUUCCAAUUACUAUGACUUUGGGAGCAACCGAGGGGCCUACGUAAAACUGGGACCCGACCUCGUGCCUUAUGUGGUUCAGUACCAGGCCACCAGCAUGACCAGAGAACUCACCGCCCGACAAACCGCGGGGCAGACGGAGCGUUCGGCCCUCAAAGUUCUUCGGGAGCAGCUGUUUUCCCACAAGUCAGACCUCCUUUGUGCCUUUAAGAGAUGCGACCGCAACAACACAGGUAAAGUGUCGUUGAACGACUGGGCGUCGUCGGUGGAGAGCGUGAUGCGACUCAAUCUGCCCUGGAGGAUGAUGCGCUCGCAGCUGGUGGGCAGCAAGGGCAAUGACGGCUUCAUCGACUACCAUCAGUGGUUAAACGAGCUCGCCAUCAAAGGCGCCGACGCCGACCAUAUUGACCAGUGUCUUCUGGAGACCUUGUACCGCCAUCGCUCCACUUUGGAGACCAUCUUCCGCAUCGUGGACACGGAUAACUCAGGCUUCAUCUCGCAUUCGGACUUCCGUCAGACGUGGAAGCUGCUGAGCGCGUACCUGAAGAUGGAGAUCACGGACGAGGCCAUCUCGGAGUUGGCGGUGACCAUCGACAGCAACCGCGACGGCGCCAUCGACAUCGACGAGUUCAUGGAAGCCUUCCGACUGACUGACAAGAAGAGUCGGCUGGAGAGAGGGCGCAGCAUGUUCAUGGCAACUGCGCCUGACCUCGGCGUCUUUGAGGAAGACCAACACGUUUGAACACUUCGUUUUCUUUCAACAGCUCACAUCUUCCUACAUGCAUACAAAAGCCCCAAACUCUGCACACUAAUAUACAAUAGAGCUAUGACAAUAAUCAAUGAACAUGGCUCACACAAGAAACUUGAGUCCACCCUACAUUUUGCUGCACUUAUCAGCUUCAACCCUAGAUGGAGCUAGUCACUUAAAUACUCCGUAUCAGCAAAUGCCAAUACUGUUGUCAGGAAGCGCACGGGCAGGUAGGUUGUGUGGACCCAAAUGCAAGGAAAACAACAAUGCAAGGCAGGUGGCAGAGAACUCAAAAAAUUGUUUUAAUUAUAACUAACAAAAGUGCAAAGUACAAACAAAAGGACUGGGGAUCAAAAGGCAAGGUUCUAACCAAAACUUACUUAAACGGAGGGACUGGUACACGAAGGCUUGGAGAGGUCUUGAAAUUGACGUUCGCAUAGACAGACAUUGACAUAGACAAUGACGCAACAAGGAGUGAACAGAAAAUGGGAGCUUAUAUACACACAAGCAGACAAGGGGUAACGAGACAACAAGGAACAGGUGAGCACAGGAGGAUAAACUAGGAGAAGGCACAUCAGGUGAAAUCAAUGGGCAAUCACAGGGACAAGUCACACUAGGAGAAAACAAACACAAAACCUAACAACUGUACCAGUCUUAGGGGUGGGAACCUCUGGGUACCUCACGAUACAAUUUGUAAUGCAAGGUUCACGAUAACGAGGACCUCAUGAUAUGGUGAUACAACAAUUAUCGAUACAUCAACUAAUAAA